UCAAGAUGGUGUUUGGAGAUAUGUAAAAUGAAUGAAGUUGAACAGUCUAUUUAGUCAGUAUUCUUUGGUAGUUUAUAUAGUCAAAGUAUUACUGCAAUAUUAAUUUUUCUUGAGCUUUGAUCGAAUAGGUUUCACUUACAAAGAAUGUCAUUGUGUAUACAACUGUUAUGUACAUUGUAGUAUCAUAAAUUCAGUGAUAACAACAACAAACUAAGAAAUUUGAGUAUGUCUGUGCCAGUGAUUCUGCCAGCAGUGUUGUCCUUAUGCUGCCUGUUGAGGUCUGUCACUGCCAGGGCUGACUGGGAACCUUGGCCAGAUGCCUGUGAGAGUCUCAGUCCAGGCAAUGACAUUCCACCACAGACCAGCCCCUUGCCUUGGAACAUCAAGAUAGACGAUGACAAGGUCCAGGCAGAUGGAUGUGUGUACAUCACCCUAGAGGGCAAUGAGACCAAUGAGUUUGCCGGCUUCAUGGUUCAGACUAGGAAUGAAUCCAACAUCCCUGUGGGCAAAUUUAGGCCUGCGAAUGAUGUUAAGCUGAUAUCAUGCUUCGGUGUGGAGAAGAACACUGCAAUAAACAUAAACUACCUCCCUAAAGAAGAGGUGAUUAUCAGAUGGUUUCCAGAAGAAAAGGACCAAGGUCAUACAGUGAGAGUUGUAGCCACAAUUGCAAGAGAUUAUCUUGAAAAAGAGUAUUGGCUCAAACAUGAAUCUGUUCCAAUAAAAAUCCUGCCACCAAAGUAUCCAUUAUUUGUAGAUAGAUAAUAAAAUGUUGCUCAAAACA